ACAACACAGAGUCCGAUAAUACGGGAACAGUUGAAGAGGAGACUGAAGAAAUGAAGGGAAAAAGCUUAAAUCACAACUCAGAAAUUUUCUCUGUGUCCGUCCUCGUGUCCCUGCUGCGUCAGGAAAACGCCAUGGACCUCUGCGUGAUUAAACUGCCYGAAUACUUCAAUUAUGCGGAUUACUUCGUGGUCGCCACCGGUUUUUCACCGAGACACAUCCGUGCCAUGGCUCUGUACACCGUCAAAGUGUACAAAUUCCUGAAGAAAGAAAAAGAUCCACAUGUGAAGAUAGAAGGAAAAGAUUCAGAAAACUGGAUCUGUAUCGACUUUGGUGGUAUUGUCGUUCACUACAUGGUGCAGGAGACCAGAGAACUGUACGAACUGGAGAAACUCUGGACCCUUCGCGCCUACGAUGAACAGCUGCAGAAAAUCCCAUCUGAGAAGCUCCCAGAAGACUUCAUUCUCGACGCUGAGCUCACAAAGUGACGUCUCAGAACCGAUGGCUUCAGGAGAACUGGGAUGAAACAACGCAUAUUUCUUUAUUUUAAUACAAGUGAACGUUGCAACAUUCAAACCUCCUGUAGUGUAACCGUAGUUUGAUGUCUUUAAAUAAAUCGCUUCUCUUAUAAACAAGGUUAUUACAAACCAUUUAAAGGUGAUGUUUUCUACCAGUCCAAAC